UCUUCUUCCCCACCCAGGCUGAGCACCGAGCCUAGCCCCCUUUAAUUUCCCAUGACACCCCGCUUCGUCUAGCUCCGCCCCGUUUUCCAGCCCCGCCCCGGAGCUGGAGGGGUUUGGAUGGUUUGUGACCCCCUCACCUGGCCCCACCACCCCCUCACGGGUGGGUGGGAGAGCAGGGCUUGGGCGCUGUAGUGGCACCAGACAGCCCUUCGGCUCAGGUGAACCCCCGCCCGCCUCGAGCGCUUCGGGAAGAGAGCCACCCCAACGCCGAGCUUGGCUUCGGAAAAGGAAGGGCUGGGGACCCCUCCUCACCUCGGGUCGGCGUCGCUCGCAGAGGCCUCCGAGGCGGGAGUCCCGGGGUCCUGCCCGGCCCCUCCGCACGCAGUUACACGGUGUCCGCGCCGGGUGUUGAGCCUCUGUUCGCCGCCAGUUUUUUCUGUAAAUUGGGGUUAAUGGCCCUGCCCAGCUGGCCCUCGGGGCUUGUUUGUGGGCGUGCAAUCAUCGCUGCCACUUUCUUGCCGCUCAGUUGCAGUGUCCUAAGUAUUUUGCCUCGAUGAUUUCCCGUCAUCCUCAAAACAGCCUUCCGAGUGUGGACCUGGUCAGCAGCCAGCCCAUGGAGCUCUCGGACAUCACCCUCAUUGAGGGUGUGGGCAAUGAGGUGACGGUGGUGGCAGGUGUGGUGGUACUGAUUCUAGCCUUGGUCCUAGCAUGGCUCUCUACCUAUGUAGCGGACAGCAGUACCAACCACCUCCUGGGCACCAUUGUGUCAGCAGGAGACACAUCUGUCCUCCACCUGGGGCACGUGGACCACCUGAUGGCAGGCCAAGGUACCCCAGAGCCAACUGAACUCCCUCACCCAUCAGAGAGCAAUGACGAGAAGGCUGAAGAGGUUGGCGAAGGUGGAGGGGACGCCACCGGGGAGCUUGGAGCUGGGGGGGGUGCUGAGCCCAGCCUGGAGCAUCUGCUGGACAUUCAAGGCCCGCCCAAAAGACAGGUGGGCCCACAGAGCGGCAGCCCAGAGGGCUCCCCUCCCACCCUCAUCAAUGUGCGGCUCAAAUUCCUCAAUGACACCGAGGAGCUGGCUGUGGCCAGGCCCGAGGAUACCGUGGGUGCCCUGAAGAGCAAGUACUUCCCUGGACAGGAGAGCCACAUGAAACUCAUCUACCAGGGCCGCUUGCUGCAGGAUCCAGCCCGCACGCUGCGCUCCCUGAACAUUACCGACCAGGCUGUGAUCCACUGCCACCGAUCCCCGCCGGGGCCCACUGUCCCUGGCCCCUCUGCUUCCCUGUCCUCCUCCUCCACCGAGUCACCCAGCCUUGGUGUCAACGUGGGCAGCCUCAUGGUGCCUGUGUUCGUGGUGCUGCUGGCUGUCGUCUGGUAUUUCCGCAUCAAUUACCGCCAGUUCUUCACAGCACCAGCCACCGUCUCUCUGGUGGGCGUCACUGUCUUCUUCAGCUUCCUGGUGUUUGGGAUGUAUGGACGCUAAGGACUCGGAGAAAAUGAAGGCAUGGUCUUCUACCUCCUUGGCCUCCCCCUUUCCUGGCCAGAGUGGGCCGAGGGCCGGGGAGUCGGGGAUGGAAAAGAUGCGGUGCCCCCUCCAGAGGACGCCAGGGGUGUGUGUGGCAUUGCCUCGUAUCCACGAGGGUACAGGUGUCCCCUCUGUGAAAGCACAACUCAGGUAGAAGCGAGGAUGCCGCCUUCCCUCACUUUUUAGGGUCUUAAAGCUAUCGAGAGCUGAUGGCCUGUCUCUGGGGAGGUUAGGCGCUGGGGCGCCCUCCCCGCCACAUGGCCCUGGCUUUUCUGUGUCUGCAUGUCUGCUCCCCUGCCCCCAGGGCUACCGGCCAGGGCAGCUCAGCAUGGCCCCAACCUACUUCUGGAGGAGGCCUGGAGUAGCCUCUACCUUUGCUAGUCAAGUAUCGAUCUUUGGAGACUGGGGUGACACAGCAAGAAUAAAGAUGCUACCUUUCCUGAGAGGCACCUAGCUGCCCUGGCCCACCACUCCCCGCCCUUGUAGCAGGAAUGGGAAGGGGGUUUCUCCACAUCUUGGGCAGUUCCCAGUGACCCCUCCCCACCCCCUUUUUUAAAGAGCACUUUUAAAAAAGAAAAAUGGUAAUCGUCCUUUAUAGAGCCAUCAGGAAGGGGAUGGGGCAGGAAGCCAAGCCCCCAGCAUUGGGCGAGGCCAGGCCACAGCUGCUGCUCCCCUAAGCCUGAGGCUGGAAGCAAGACUGCUCUGGCCCUCAGCCAGCAUCCUGCCCAGCUCCAAGGACAGCCCUAUGGCGCUCUGGGCCCCAGGCCCUUGCCUCAGGGGCUCCUGGAGGGUCACUGGCUGAAUAAAAUUCCUCGUGUGGUU